GAAGAGAUAGGGGGGAAGGGGCGGAGAGGAGAUGAGAGGACAGUAAAGGAGGGGGAGAGAAGUGAGGCGAGAGAAAGAGAGAGAGAGAGAGACCCCUGCCGAUCCGGAGCCGGAGGGCGGGUGCGGGGAGGGGAAGGAGCCCGGGAGCCGCUCGGCCGCUGCAGCAGUGGCAGCUGGCGGCCGCCUCUGCUGGCCUCCGGAGCGCGGCGCGCACGGCUCGCUGUCCGGGGCAGCGGCGCGCUGGCUGCCGCCGCCUCCGCCCUCGCGGAGCGGAACCCAGGCAGCAGGACGCCGUUUUCUUAGCCUGGCUUGGUAGCCCCGCUCUCCGGCUCUGAAGCUGCCGGGGCGGACGGGGCGCUGAGGUCCUGCCCGGCAGCUCCGGCGAGCGGGUGGGCGAGCGGGCACGCUGAUCACCCCUUCUCUCUUUCCGCUGGAGUUGAAUCUGUGCCGCCCGUGUCCAGGUGCUGGGCUUCCGGACCGACACCGACCCCCCAUUCCCGCCCGCAGCCGCCUUGUCAUGCUGCCCAAAGUGGAGACGGAAGCCCCGGGACUGGCCCGAUCGCAUGGGGAACAGGGGCAGAUGCCGGGAAACAUGCAAGGUAAGGGGGUACGCUGCGGCGGCGCCCCGGCUCCCGGCCCUACGCCAGGCUAGCCUUGCGGGCUUCAGCCUCCUUCGGUGCGGACACAGGAGCAGCCCGCCUGGCAAUUUGCAGCCUGCUACAGGCUGCCGAGCUGUGCGCGGGUCUUGGCCUCCUCCAUUGGCGUGAGCAUAAAAGUUAAUGGCACUUGAACUAGGCGGACGGUGCUUUCUCAUCAAUGUCUAAUUGGACGCUUCUAAUUAAAUAGAGCGACUUGGAGCUCAGAGCCAACUAGAGCUGAGGCAGCCUGAGACCCAGGGCAGCGCGGAAUAAUCUUUCUGAGGAGUGGAAUUACUCUCUGGUCACCCGGUUCUAGGUUGUUCGAACUGUCGCGCACUUUAAUGCUCCCGUGUGGAGGGAAGGGACUGACUAGGAAAGCCAAGUGUAGACAAGAGAAUGUCAGAGGAAGGCGAUUGGCGUUAGCGGUGUUAGAAUCCUAUGAGCACUUAAAAAAAAAAAAAGAAAAGAAAAAGAAAAAAAAAGAAAGAAAAGAAAAGAAAAAAAGAAAAUGCCUAGCCGGACCGGCAGCCUUUUAGGACGACUCCAAAACCGCUGGCAUAACUUAAAAGAGCCAAUUACUCCAACUCUUCCUAGCCAGGAAAGUGCCCAAUGAGGGGUCAAGGGGCUCACCGGUAGCCAUUGCUCUUUCGGGUCUCAGAAUGGAUAUCCCAUUUGGGACCCUGUUCUUGACUGAUAACAUCAGAAAAAGAAAAAUCAGCCCCCAUCUGCUUCGUUUUCUUCGCUCUAAACUCUUCAGAACUUUAUCUCAACUACGGGCCAGGGAGGGAACAAUGCUAGGAAAAGUUCUUCCAUCUUCGCCCCUGAGAGAGCUCAGGAUGUGCGGUGCAGCCGGCUUGUGAUCCCCCAGGCUUCCUGCUGGCCUUUUGCGAGAACUUGAAAGGGUCAGAGAAGCGCGGAGAGCUGAGCUCUGGCACUUUGCGGCGCCCGUGCGCUCUGGCCAGGGAGACCUGAGGUCGCCCCGGGAAAGGGGGCGCCGGCCUGCGGGUGGGCUCGGAUAUCCGGGGUGAUCUUGGGGUCCCUCCAAGAGUUCUCUAGUAGGGCUGCAGAAGUUCCCCAGGCGAAUUAAGUGUGUGUGUGUGUAUGUGUGUGUGCGCGCGUGCCCGUGUGUGCUGAGGAAGCCCCGUUGGCCCUAAGAGGGGCACCUGGGAUUCCUGAGUAGUCCCCGCCUGCUUCCUGCGCUCCGGCCUCCAGCUCCGCUGUUUCCUCAUGGCAGGGGAACCGGUAUUUGCUACUUCCUGCUCCCUAUAAACAUUUGGGGUGUCCGAACCCGGGAAAAGCUUCCAGUGGUUGGAAACACGGCUUAGUAAGAACUGGAGAGAGAAUAACCUGGUUUCUUUGUAAAUCUGAAAGGGUUCUUCUUGGCCCCCUGCCUCCAAGCCAACACGUUAUCAGCUCGCCUUUGUGUUAGGGGGCUAGGAGAUCCGGCCCCUCGCUAGCUGGGCCCUGGGUUCGAAAUCAGCGUGGGAAAGCCUGGGGCGGCUUUGGUGGUUGGCCACCUGGGCUGUGAGCGCCAUCCGAAAAGUCCCUCACGAGGGAUGCAUUCAUACUACGAGGGGUGCUGGAACCCAGAGGAAAUUCGUUGCUGGUAGCGCGGAGCAUUCAGCUUCAGAGAAAUUAUCUGAGGACCUAGCUUUCCAAGACACGCUUGUUCUCUAGCCUUUUCCAGGCACAAGGGGAUUUCUUCUCUGGGUGGAUUUGGUUCUCCGAAGUCUUAAUUGAGGGGCCCAUGGAUAACAAAAAAAAAAAAAAAAAAAGGUGCCCUGCUCUCCAGAUGCGCCUCCCCCGCCCAGACCCCGGGUUUUGCCGGAGGAUGGGCCUCCGUUUCUUCCAUGUGGCGUCUCCGAGAUGGGCAUGGAGAGUGUAGGUGGCUGCCAGUCCCAUGGUACUAUUAAAAGUGAGUUUAGAGGUGACUUUGUUGGGAGACAGAGAAGAACACACGUGUCUGAAAGGACAGUCCCCGCUCAAGCUCAGAAACAUACCUGGAGACAGAAGUUUUCAGAGCUCCAGAAACAAGCUUCCCCAACCCAAAGCUUUCCCGAAACCUCGGGAACUGAUUCCCUAGAGUACCGCAGCCUCUGUAAGAGUCUCUGGAGAGAGGCGCGCUCAGCAUCCCUUUUUCUAAGUUCCCGAGCCCCCGGGGAAUGCCUUUGCAGGCUCCUCUUCCCAAGAUCUUUGCAGCAAACUGUUGCUCACUCUCAGGAGCUGCUUAAGCCGUUACAGCCCAGGGCUCUGUGUCUGGGAGCAGAAACUCCAUCGAGACUCAGGAGGACACGAACUUCAUUUGAAAUUAAUAAGACUAUCACCGGCUGAUAAAGAAGCACAGCGCUUUGGCUGCGGGGUAGGGACUAUUUCUCCAUUUCCCUUUUAGCAAACAUCUGCAGAAAUCUCUGCCAGGCUGUGGGUACCCCUCCCCCGCCCCACCCCUUGCAAUGCCACUGAUUAACUUAAAGCAAACUCUCUGUGGAGUUUGUGCGCCUUUGGGUAGCAGAGGGUUGAGCAAGGGCCUCCGAGCUGAGUGGACGGAGGGUUCAAAGAGGGUGCAGGAGCCCGGCAGCGCCGUGGUGCAGACCUGCCCCUAGCCUGGGCGCCGCUCGCCCCUGCUCUGCACGGCUUGGGAGUAGGGGUGGGGGCUCGGCCGAAGGGGGUUUUCAGCUUCACCCGAUAGUUUCUUGGAGUCUUCUGGCCACUGACCUACACGUGCGCAUUUUAUCUUUUUGGCUGCAAAGACUGGUGCUUUUGCGGGGUAGUGUCCCCAGUCGCAGCGGUCCCUGUGAGCCAGGACACCGUGGUCUGGUUCCGAGGCGAUCCCGGAGCCGCUCAUACUUCGCAGUGCUUAUCGGAAGCUUGUGAAGUCCCUCACAAAGCGCUAGAACUCGGCCAAGCUCCCUGUCUCAAUUUAAAAUGGUGAAUUACUCCUAUGAUGAAGAUCUUGAAGAACUAUGUCCUGUGUGUGGCGAUAAAGUAUCUGGAUAUCACUAUGGUCUCCUCACCUGUGAAAGUUGCAAGGGUUUUUUUAAGCGAACAGUCCAAAACAAUAAAAGGUACACAUGUAUAGAGAACCAGAACUGCCAAAUUGACAAAACACAGAGAAAACGAUGUCCCUACUGUCGAUUCCAGAAAUGUCUAAGUGUUGGAAUGAAGCUAGAAGCGGUAAGAGCUGACCGCAUGCGAGGAGGCAGAAAUAAGUUUGGACCAAUGUACAAGAGAGACAGGGCCCUAAAGCAACAGAAGAAAGCCCUCAUUCGAGCCAACGGACUUAAGCUGGAAGCCAUGUCCCAGGUGAUCCAAGCAAUGCCCUCUGACCUGAACAUCUCCUCUGCAAUUCAGAACAUUCAUUCUGCCUCCAAAGGCCUACCUCUGAACCACGCUGCCUUGCCUCCCACAGACUAUGACAGAAGUCCCUUUGUCACAUCUCCCAUUAGCAUGACAAUGCCACCUCAUGGCGGCCUGCAAGGUUACCAACCAUAUGGUCACUUUCCUAGUCGGGCCAUCAAGUCUGAGUACCCAGACCCCUACACCAGCUCACCUGAGUCAAUGAUGGGCUACCCCUACAUGGAUGGUUACCAGACAAGCUCCCCAGCAGGCAUCCCACACCUAAUACUGGAACUUUUGAAGUGUGAACCAGAUGAGCCUCAAGUUCAAGCCAAAAUCAUGGCUUACUUACAGCAAGAGCAGGCUAACCGAAGGCAGGAAAAGCUGAGCACGUUUGGGCUUAUGUGCAAAAUGGCGGACCAGACCCUCUUCUCCAUUGUCGAAUGGGCCAGGAGUAGUAUUUUCUUCAGAGAACUUAAGGUUGAUGACCAAAUGAAGCUGCUUCAGAACUGCUGGAGUGAGCUGUUGAUCCUCGAUCACAUUUACCGGCAAGUGGUCCAUGGGAAGGAAGGGUCCAUCUUCCUGGUUACUGGGCAACAACUGGACUACUCCUCCAUAGCCUCGCAAGCUGGAGCCACGCUCAGCAACCUCAUGAGUCACGCCCAGGAACUGGUGGUGAGGCUCCGCUCAUUACAGAUUGAUCAGCGAGAGUUUGUGUGUCUGAAGUUCCUAGUGCUCUUCAGCUUAGAUGUCAAGAAUCUUGAGAACUUCCAGCUGGUGGAAGGGGUCCAGGAACAGGUGAACGCCGCCCUGCUUGACUACACAGUUUGCAACUACCCGCAACAAACUGAGAAAUUCGGACAGCUACUUCUUCGAUUACCAGAAAUCCGAGCAAUCAGCAUGCAGGCGGAAGAAUACCUAUACUACAAGCACCUGAAUGGGGAUGUGCCCUAUAACAACCUUCUCAUCGAAAUGCUGCAUGCAAAAAGAGCCUGAGUUAGCAUCCCUCGAAGCUUGCUCGAGCAAGAGAGACUGGAGGGAGAAGAGGAGGAAGACAAUACUCUGAACUGCUCCAAGCAACACCAAUUACAAACUUGGUUUAAAGACACUGAAUUUUAAAAAGCAUAAUAAUCAAAUGCUUAGUAGCAAGUAAAUGAUAUAUCAGGGUAUUUGUACUGCAAACUGUGAAUCAAAGGCUGCACGUCCCCAAAGGAUUCAUAUGAAAGACAUUGCAAUGGGGUGGGUUGGACUCACAGAUGGAGUCCAAUACCACAUCAGAAUAAAAAAGAUGGAACGAUUCUUGUAUAUUUAAACUGAUCUGUUAAGAAAUUCAGCAAUUGAUCUGUGUUAUUAAUUGGGCUUGUCCAGAAUUCCUCCAUGGUGAGCUGAACAACUCUCAAGAAUACUCGGGCUGUGCCUUGGCAGCCCCCUUCCCCCUCCCAGAAGGCCCUACACCUUCUGACCUGUGAGCCCUAAAGAUAUAUUAAGGACUUGUGUUCAGCCACACCCAGUAGUAGCUCCACUAAAUCAUGAAUUCUGAGUGUCUGUGUCUUAGACCUGCCAACAGCUAAUAAGAACAAUGUAUAAAUAUGUCAGCUUGCCAUUUUAAAUAUGUUCUGAAGUUUGUUUUGUCGUGUGUUCGUAAUUUAAAAAAAAAAAAAGCAGGCAGUAUCCCUCUUCUAUAUAAGCAUUAGUUAAUAUUAAGGGAAAUCAAAGUUAAGCAAAUACUUCCAACAAGCAAGUUAGAUCUUAUUUCUGCUAUUGUUGCUGAAAUGUGGCUUUGGCAUGGUUGGGUUUCAUAAGAAUUUUUGGCCAAGAGGCUUGUUAGUAUACAUCUGUCUGUUUAGUCAUCAAGAUUUGUAGUUCGCUUAAAAAUAAAACAUUAAACAUCUUUUGCUGGAUGUCAAGUAGUCACCGGCUAAGGAGCCGCAAAAUCAAAGCAUGUUAAGCAAUGCCAAAUGAAAGAAAGGUUGAGCUGUGAAGGUGACUGACUUGAGGUUCGCUGUAGUUGCAAUUGAGCAUCUCCUACCUAAACCUGGGGUACAAAAGCAGUGAGUUUUCAAAUGGCCUGCAAAGACAAGAAAAUCAAUCUCCUGCCGUGCAGAACGGAAGAAAGUGAUACUGGCCUCUCUAAGUCAUAGACCAAAGCCUGCUGUAGAACAAAAUACUGGAGGACAGAGAUGGCAAACAAAGUCUCCAAACAAUGCUGUCAGUAUUAGCAUGUGAUGCCACAGGUAUGGAAGCCUUGCCUUACUUCCUGGUCCUAAAAGGGAGCUGUGCAGAUGUGGAUCAACAUUUGUUGAAAAUAAAGUAUUAACACUUUAAAGUCAAACAAUAUAGUGUUUACAUUCUUUAGGUCCUGGGGGGAGUUGGGGGAGACUCUGAAAUUACAAGAUAAAAAAAAAAUCAGUAAUUUCUUUAAUGUUAUUUUUCUGAUUAGUAAUUAUUUUUAACAGUACUUAAUUAUUGUAUGUCGUGAGACACUAAAAUCAAGAAUGGGAUUCUCAUUUCGUCUUUAAUUUGUUGAGAUUAUCAGCAGCACAAUCACUUGUAGAAAAAUUUCCCAGUCCCUUAAUUUUUUUUCCACAAAUGUUUCUGGUUUUGGAAUAGUUUAUUUAUAUUGUAUAUCAUAGUUUCAACUGUAGACAAUUAUGCUAAUUUAUUGUUCCUUGGGUUACCCUUUGUAUAAGAGAGAGCCAAGACGGAAGAAACCAAAUAUAUGUGUUUACUAUAGCAUGUCUUCAAGUUAGUGGAACAUAGUUCAGGGGUAUAGAAGGGUCGUAAUGAGUAAAACCAUCCACUUGAUCACAUGUCCAGAAAUUCCCAUAAUCCUUCUGUAGUUUAUUUACUGUCCAUUGUAAAUCACGCGACUUGUAGCUUUUUCUUGUUUUUAAGUCAUGUUAACAAAAUAGAGUCUUACCUGGUUUUCCUUUCCAAACAUUGUAAGUUGUAUACCAAAGAUAUUAGUUUAUUACAAAGAAGAUUAUUUUAUUACAUUUAUUAAUCACCUUUCAUAUCCAUCCACAUGAGAGAUGCACAGUAGCUGUGCUGGGCAUUGACUCGCAGUGUUGUCUUCAGGGUUCUAAGAAGGAUUCAAAGUCAUUAAUCAGAGGUCAGAUCCAAAGCAUUAAAUAAAACAGAAACAUGGCCAUUCCUUCCAACCCAAAACCAAGUUGAUUAAAGGCACAUGGAGAAGGAAUGGUGGUACCUGUGAUUAAUGAGAGAGCUCUGUCCUGUCUGUCAAUGUGGCUAGAAGGAUGGCUACUGGAGAGUUUUUUGAACAUUGGAAAAAAAAUUCAUGUUUCCUUAUUUUAAAUAUAUAGUAUCCUACCCCACCCCCACUGAAUAUUAAGCCUAAAAAUUGUCAAAUACUGGUAUGUUGUUCACCUAGUUAGCUUUUACCCUGAGAAUGGUUAGUAAGACAGCCAGCAGUCACACCUGUACCGAGGACAAAAGCAGUUGAGCAGGUGUGUACUGGCCCUGCAGCCGGGGCCCUUUCAGAGCUGGCCAGUUGUCUGAGGUCAGUGGUAGCCAGUUUGUAACUUGAUGCUGCCUUAUGGAUUCUAGGAUUUGCUAAUAAAGGCAGACUGGCGUGGGGAGGUUUUUGGCUGAGCUGGGUUUCCUGUAGUUGGUCUCUGUAAACAGACAAUCUGUAACGUCUCAAUCUUUGGAUUACGGCUCUUCUGCAACUGCCUUGGACCCAUGCAGUGUUCAGAGUGUAAGGUCGCUUACUUGUUGACGUUCUCUUACUGUAUCAGUGAAAUACAUAUUGUCAUGUCAGUUCUUGCCAGGAAUUUCUUGAUAAAAUGGACUUUUUUCCAGUAUUUCAAUAAAUGUUGAUAUGCCCACCCGGUAA